AUGGUCAAAGCUAUAAAGGGAGUGCUCAUAGAGUGCGAUCCUUCUGUGAAGCAAAUUGUGAUGCGCCUGAACAGAGAGCACAACUUUAUCAUACAGGAAAUAGAUGAUACUACUCUUUUUAUAGACGCCAAAUACCUUAAAAAAGUGGAGGACGAGACAGAAAAAAUGCUGAAUUACAUUGUAAAGAAGAACUUCGACUAA